AUGCCGCCUCGGACGAGGAAGAAUGCUAACGAUCGGCAGAGGAAAGUUAAAGUCGUCACCGAACAGCACAUCAUACCAUGCAUACUGCAGAUAUGGCGAAACAAAAGGAAGGACGAAACUGCUUCAAGGAGGAUUCUUUUGUUUGACAAUUCCUCUGAAAAGAUGCUAAUUCCUUCACCAAGCCUCCAUUCCUCUGCAGCAACGAGGGUUGGGCUGGCCCCCAUUAUCCAUGACCUGAAUUUCCUGCAGGAGAAAUAUGAGGCCACACACACAGUCACCUUCAAGAACCCGUCGCAAGCUCUGCAGGAACGUCUGCGCGAAACUGGUCCUUUGCCCAACGACGACGACCGUCAGAAGAAGAAGACGGUUGCCAGUAAGAAGGGAGGUCAAAAGUACGACUACGAGAAGAUCGCCGAGGCACUGGAAAAGCUUGACGAGGAGGACCUGCUGCGUGUUAUUCAACUGAUUAAUGAGAACAAAGGUCCGGAUACCUACAUAAGGAGUGAUGUGGAAGUCGAUAACCUUGCUGAAGCCGGAGAGUUCUCAAUUGACCUGUAUACCAUGCCGGAUAUGCUGACGACAAAAUUGUGGGAGCACCUGAUAUCACGAGUUCUGACGGAUGCCACAGUCAAAGAAGGGAUUGGUUAA